CCUUCUGUCUUCAUGGCGUGGUCCUCUCUAGGCGUCUGGUACUCGGUGGUGCACACCUUUGGCGCCUGCCACUGCGCUUCGGAAUCCGCCGGCGAGUGCCAGGUAGGUUCGCGCCCCGUUCUUUCUCUCUGGCUUCCCGAUUCGAAUUUGGCUGUGCCGGGGCGAGGGGCUCCCCGGAACUCUCGCGAGGUGGCCGCACACUGAGAUUGAAUUGAUGCUAAAUAACUCUGUCUUCUUUGUGCCUAAAAUGGUAAUCUCCUUGACCCUGCAAUAUGUUUAAGAAGCAUUUUACUUUAACAAAUAUGAAAACAUAUGUGGACGUAUCCAUGCAGCUAACAGGGUUUGAGCUGAACUCGAAGGAAACUUGAUUUUACUGGCAACAGAGCUGAGAGUUAUUUGGGCAAAGUGGAAAUAAAGUUCAUUGUAAGAAAGCUCUAAUGGAUGAUAGGGAAUCUCCUACAAAUGAUCUUCAGUUAAAUUUACAAGAUGUACUUCAUACUGACAUGCAUGAAGAAAGGGUCAAAACUUGCUUGGCUUCUUCUCCAGAUGAAAAUGAAAAUCAGUGUAAUAGUAGGAAGCAUAAUACCCUGAAAAGCUCUCACAGCACAAUGGGAAGGGUUGAGCAGGACAGCAUUAAUAACAACGAGGACAGUGGAGACUAUACAUCCUGCUUCCAAGAAGAUGAAAGUGAUAAGCCACGUAAAAGUUUGAAAUCAGAUAUGCCACAGAAGCUUGAUUCUGAAAAAAAGAAUUCGAGAAAAACAAAAAGCCCCAGCAGGAAAGACAUUUCUGCAGCCAAACAAGAGAAAGCUGACAUUACAGCAGUAUCUUAUGCACAAGGGGCAGAUGGAAACAAGACAAAUUCAAACCAUCCCCUGAAAGAACCAGCUCAAACUCUGCAAUUCCUCUUCUCUCUUCUUCAAGGGGAAUUUAAGCAAAUGGAUUCAAGUGUACUGCCCCUGUUCUUGCAUCAGAUUGCUGAAACUUAUUUUCAGGAUGGAGAAUAUGAGAAAGCAAUGAAGUUUAUUUGGCUUGAACAGUUAUAUCAUAAGCAAAUACUUGCAAAUCUUUCUUCUAUUCAGCAGCAAUGGGAGAAAAAAUGGAAAGCAACAGCAUGCAAUGAUGUUCCAAAUCUAAAGAAUUCUUCUAAAGAUCUGAAUAAUGAGGAGCUAGACAAACUUGCUGAAUUUUGCACAUCUCAUCAAGAGCCACUUGUCUCCAGAAACAAGCUAAUAAAUAAAGAAAUAUUCUUCAGAUGUGAACGGUUCACAAGUUUAAUGGCAUCUGAAGUUUUUAAAGAACAAAAUACUUCUACACAGGAUUCAGAUACUCAGAGCUGGCCAAGUAUUGAAGCGAAGAAAGGAAAUCAUCACAAAGAAAGAGAGAGGAAUGAAAGUUUCCAAUCUGAAAGCUGUUGUCUGAUCAAGGAAAAAGAAAGGCUUCAGCUAACUGUGAGGAAACACCAUCUCAAGGAGGAGCUCUGCAGUUCACAACCCACACUGAAUCAGCCAUUUGUUCUAUCCACAGAGACCCUGGACACGCCUUUCUUGCAGUGUUUAUCUUUGAGGGAUGCUAGUGAAGAUGACAGUCUGCCACUAAGGAAAGAACAGUUCUCUCAGGAUGGAGCAAAAAUAGAAGCAGCAGCUGAGAAGCCUGCGGCAAAGUGUUCUAGUGAGCCAAUGGUAGACGCAUUAGUUUGGACAGAUGCUGAUUAUAUACCUCCUGAUCUAAUUGCCACAGAUGAAAAUAUUUCAUCUGAAAGAAACAUACUCAGGACAAAACACUGUACAAGCUCUGUGGUGAUUGCCAGCAGCCAGUUGGAAAACAGCAUAUUAACUCAGCAGCAGCAGCAGCCUGAUUAUGAAAAUAAUAGGAAAUCUGUGCAGAACCAAACAUCAGGCGUUAGUGGGAAUGUGCAGUUUGACACUGAGAUGUCCAAACAGCCUAGUGUUGUAUGUGAAUGGAUACAGGAAGAAACAACAGUACUGGAAGAGAAAUGUGAAAGUGAAGAACCAGAAGGCUUCUUUGACCAGAUUUUAAAUGGUAGCAUAAAAAUUAGAGAAGGGGCCCUUAAAUUUCUAGAAACUCAAGAGGACUCUGAAAUCCUUCCACAUAUUCCACUUGAACAAGCACUUUAUUCUUCAUGGGAAGAUUAUUCACCAGAUGAAAGCUUUUCUUCGCUUGAUGAGCUUGCAAAGCGAAUACAGAUAGCAGAGACUGUUCCUGCAGAGGGGCUUGUGUCUAUAUUAAAAAAAAGAGAUGACAGUGAAGGAAAAACACUUGAUCAAAUCCAGCAGAGACAGUCAAAAAGAAGAGUGAGAUUCCAAGAAAUGGAAGAAACAUUAGAACAAGAGGAAGUUGGAGCUGGCUCCUGCAUUUUGCUGAUCUUACUGUGCGUAGCAACUGUAUUCCUUAGUAUCGGAGGAACAGCAUUAUACUGUACACUUGGCAAUGCAGAAUCCCCAGUAUGUACUGACUUUGCUGCCAAUGUGGACUUUUACUACAGCAACAUACAGCAGGGUAUAGAAGAACUUAAACACUGGAUAUCUUUAUAAUAGAAGAAGUAUGAACAUACAGUAAUAGUUUGCGGUUGCAGAAGGAAGAAAAAUAGUUCAAGCAUUUAAUAAUUUGGCACUUUCAGAAGAAGUAACAUGACAUAGGAAGCAUCUGUGUUGUACAUAGGAGCUACUUUCCAGUAAUCUGGAGUAUAUAAAUAGAGUUAUUAAUCAACUUUCACGAGGAAGCAUAAGAGACUGUCCUAACGUUCACCUUUUGGAAUGCUCAGAACAAUCUUCUGUUUACCAACUUAGAAAAAAAAAAGGUGAUCAUCUUUCCUAAAAUUUCCAGUCCUCAUACAAUCAUAUGCAAUCUGUGUAAACUUUAAUGCAAAACAGCUGAUUUUCCUUACAUCAUAAUGCAAAGAUAUUAUCUCCAAUUAUCAUGCAAUAAGUUCAUAUUUAAUGAAAACAAACCUUAUUUGGGAAUAAUGUAUUUUAUGUUUUUAAUUUUGAUGAAUUGUAAUAAUUUUGUUGUGCAUUGCCACAAACAUCAGAGCUCUCCAUUUAGAUGUUAUUUAAUUGUGCUGCAUUUUAGAAUGUAGCAGUUGUAGUAAGUGAUGCAUUUGUUACUUUCAUAUACAACCUUGGCAAAAUAUGCAGAGACUUUUAGUAAUAGAUACCUUAAAGAGGAUUUAUAAAAUAGGUUGUCUAUACAAAACAAAACAUAAAAUACAGCUGAAUACAUUUCAGUGCCAAUAAUAGCCGCCCAGGGUCAGCUGGAGUAAGGAGGUAUCCAAAUUAAAUAAAUAAUAAGUUAUGAUCCACAACUUUUAAAAAGAGUUCGCUUCACACAUUUAAUUUUUUAGAUCCAUUUUUAUGAUAUUUUAUGAUAUUUUAAGUGUUCAUCUAACCCUGGUUAGAUGAACAGGGUUAGAUGAACACUCAACAACUACAUUUAAAAACACUGACAUAAAACAUCUGAACUUGACAGAGCAGAUACAUUUUUCCUUUGAGUGUGGUCUUAGUAGCACAAGUGGGUUUCUUCUCUAUGACAAGCCAAAAUGGGCCUUGGACAAUAUCAAAUCUUCUUUUGGUUUUAUUAAAAUUACUGAUUUAUAUUUGUCCACAUUAUGAAGAAAAAGUAAACUCUGAAAAAUUGUAGCUUAGAAUGAAGAUAUAAAUUAAUCAGUUGAACAUCAGGCAUAUAUGGUAAUUUGUUCGAUUGUUGGGAGCCUCCCAGAGUUGUUGAGAGUCGGGUGGCAUACAAGUUUAAUAAAUUAUUAUGGUUGAUCACACAGCCA